CCCUCUGAGAUGGUCAUUCUGUUAGAUAAUUCGCUCAUCUCCUACUAAAUCAGUUCUUUGAUUGGGAGAUUUUGGGUUUUGUUCUGGAGCGCUCUGUGAAGAAAAAGAGUUUCUUUUAGAAAGGAAAAAGGAAAUCGAAUGAGAAUGAGUGGGAGUAAUCUUGAGACGCGAUCACUGAUUGAUGAGCUGAGGAGCUUUGACAGCGGUGGUUUCUUUGAUCUUGGCCACCCUCUUCUUAACCGCGUUGCUGAAAGCUUCAUUAAAGCUGCUGGAAUUGGGGCGGUUCAAGCUGUAUCACGCCAUGCUUAUUUCACGGCUGUGGAAAGCGCCGGUGGAGAUGUUGGUGGCAGCAUUCUUCCUGAGGUUGGUGGCUCCAAGAAGCACCAUCGCAUCCCGGACCUCAGAGGAGAAAAUAGCCAAAAGUCGGUUGAGGCACUGGUUAAGAGCACUGGGAAAGAAUCUAUGCAGUGGGGUCUGGCAGCUGGGGUGUACUCAGGUCUUACUUAUGGGUUGAAAGAAGCUAGAGGAGUUCAUGACUGGAAAAACAGUGCCCUGGCUGGGGCAAUAACUGGAGCAGCUUUGGCACUGACCACGGACGACCACUCACACGAACAGGUGGUGCAAUGCGCCAUAACGGGUGCUGCCAUAUCCACUGCAGCUAAUCUUCUUACGGGCAUAUUCUAGUCGUGCAACUCCGCCUCGAUGCGUUCCCUUUGGUUUUCCAUUUUUCUGUUUUAGUGAACAUUUUCAUGAAGUAGAAGCUGCAGGUUUCUGUGGCAGCUGAGGUUGAGCAGAGAUUCGGACGUAAAGCUUUUCCUUGUAUUUUGGAUUGUCAAUAAUGAAAUUAGUGGAGCUUAGUUGGGAAAAUUUUUGUAUAUGGGACUUAUAUAUGUUAAAAUCCACUGGAGCUGGAAUAAAAUUUGAAAUAGGAAAUUCAGUCUUUUAGCCAA